GUUAUCGACUUCUUUCUGACGUACUGUGGUAACGUUACGUGUUGUAAAUGCUGCUAUAGUGUUGUACGAGUUAAUUCUGCAGUGUUCACUUUAACAGCACAUCACUGUGACGUAAUAUUUUGGUGAAAGGGAGAAUAUGACUAGCGUUAAAAUGUUUCGAGAAGAAUCCAUAGAAGAUGUUAUCGAUGGGUCUGAACCUGGUGAAUAUAACAAAUAUUCAUAUGAGAGGAUUGAAUCUAUCUCUAAGUUCCUUUUGGAUCGAACCAAACAGAGACCUGAAAUUGGUAUCAUCUGUGGUACUGGGAUGGGUGGACUGGCUGACAUGUUAGAAGAUAAAGAGAUCUUUCCUUAUAAAGAUAUUCCUGACUUUCCAGUUAGCACAGUACCUGGGCAUUCGGGGCGGCUUGUUUUUGGUAACUUGAAUGGAAAAUCGAUCAUCUGUAUGCAAGGACGCUUCCACGUAUAUGAAGGUUAUUCCGUUUGGAAAUGUGCAAUGCCAGUACGAGUGAUGAAGUUGAUCGGUGUAAAGACGUUGAUAGUCACCAAUGCUGCUGGUGGAUUGAAUCGGAAUUUCACUGUUGGAGAUAUUAUGUUUAUCAAGGACCAUAUCAACUUUCCAGGAUUUGGUGGUGACAACCCACUACGUGGUAGAAAUGAUGACAGAUGGGGCCCACGUUUUCCUCCCAUGAGCAACGCUUAUGACUUAGGACUCCGACAGCUUGCUCGUACAGUAGCUAAAGAACUUAACUUGGAGAAAUACUUGCAAGAAGGAGUUUAUUGCAUGUUGGGAGGUCCAUCCUAUGAAACGGUUUCUGAAAUGAUGGCACUGACAUUACUUGGUGCAGAUGCAGUGGGUAUGAGCACAGCUCACGAAGUGAUUGCCGCUCGACACUGUGGGAUUAGAGUAUUUGGAAUGUCUCUGAUUACUAACAUUUGUGUCAUGGAACAUGACUCGGAAAAGCCGCUAGCCAAUCAUGAAGAGGUGAUGGAAACAGGAAACCGUCGCAGAAAAGAUUUGGAAAAACUAGUGACAGGGAUAAUCAUGAAGUUAGAUACUGUUUAAAAUUACUGGCUGAGAAAAAACACAAUGUGGGUGAAGGUGGUGAUACCUUAGAGUGUCAUAGCUAUUAAUGCUUUAGCCAAGUUACUAUUCAUUGCUUAUUCUUUAAUUAUUUUUUUGCAUUUUACUAAAUUGUUAUAUGUAUCUUAAAAAUUGUUAACGAUUUUAUAUUCUUAGCUGUUAAAAUGAUUAUGUGGAAGUCAACAGUGAGCAGUUUAUGGAGUAUAUUUAUGUAGUUUUAUGUGCUUCAUUGCAAAAAGUUUGAUAUUUUAAAAGCACUAAUAGAAAAGUUAACUAUCACUGCCAAGUUGCAAACACCAUUACAGUUCUGAACAUGUGUUUUAUACAUUCACUAUAGGAAAAGGAUUACUGUCAUAUUAAGGCAAUGAAAUCAUGAAGGUCAUUGUUCAACACAGCUUUGCACAACAGUGUCUAACUUCCACAAAAAACAAGUGCAUGCUGCACAUUUCAUUACAUAGGUGAAGCAUUAUUUGUGCAGUUUACUAAAGGUCACAUCAACAGAGCUUUGAAAUGGAAAAAAAAAACAGAUAUGAAGCAAAAUAUGAAUUUAAUCAUUUACAUUCCAAAACCUUUUACAUAAUUUAGUUAGUAUUUUUUAACUUUUUUAAGAAGAAAAUAUACCGAUAAAUGCAUAAAAAUGUAAUAUGAUGCACAUAUAUAAAGACUGAGGUGCAAGUUGUUUUAUCAAAUGUUAAAAAAAUUUAAGAUGUAUGUUCAAAGUUUACAUUUCGAUAUGUUAGGCAUAAUGUUUAUGGACAACAAGGGACCUAUUGGUCCAUCUAUGUCCCAUCCUUUAACCUAAACUAAAACUGUUAAAUAAAUAAAUUUUAAAAAAAUAUCAAAGACAGACCUUAUCAUUAAUAUGGUUAUGAAACUUUCUCUUAAACUCACUUAAAUUUACUGCCUCCAUAAUUGCAUGUAAAAACUUAAGUUCCUCUUAAAAUCCUGCUGCCAUUUCCUACAGUCUACACUUCUAUUUAUCUAUUGCCUCGACUUUAAUUACGAUAGCCUCCAAUCUACAAACAAAUUGCGCAUCUUCACUACUAGCUUCCAUAAAAGUACAUACCAGUCCCGAGUUCCCAAGUAAAACCCACUCAUUAUACCCAUCACACCUAACAAACUGUUAAUGCAUAAAUCCUACAAUAGUCUUAACCAGUGUAUUUGUAGCCCGGAAAUAAAUACUCAACACUAAAUGCCAGUAGCCUAUAAUCAACACUGUUAAGCCUAACGUUUGAGAAUCAAAUAUAUUAAUUUUUCAUUGUUAUUUUAUCAUGUUAGGAAUCUUUGCCAUUACAAAUUAUUUUAUUUCUAGAAAGAUGGCUAAAAUUAUGUAGUAAAGCUAGAUUAUAGUUGACACAAGAAAACAUAAUUUAACCCAAUGACUUGUGUUUAUUAUAGAUUAAAUAGUCUAUAACAGUUUUAAACAUGAUACUUACAAAUAAGAUUUGAUCAGUAAUGUAGAUCCUACUACAACAGUUGCCUCUCUUACUAGAGUAUGUUUAAAUAAUUCCAUUUCGUAUUUUUUUAAAUAAUUGACAUGUUUUUAACGCAUUUACAAAAAAGUAAAUUAUAAGAUCAAAUCCAAGGGAUUUACAUACUGGUUAAAUGAUAGUAUCUAUGUAAAAAGUAAAACUUAAAUUUCAGGAUAUGGAGUGAUAUAAAAGUAUGCUGUAGAACUUUGCUUAUGACAAACUGUUUUUAAAAAACUUGUACUGAGUAGUAAAACAUUUUAAUUUUUUGUCAUCAGUGUUACUGUUAUGAUCACAUUUCCAACAUAAAGUUUCAUUAAAUCCAUCCCUCGCAAAUUCCUAACAUUUUAAUGUUUGACAUUUUUCCUUGACUUACCAUUAUCGGUUGCUCAUCUGAGUUUUAAUCAUAUAAUUCUAUGCCCAUAAUAAUUUAGUGUUUAUAAUUUAGAAUUUGUUUUUCAAACUGGUUUGCAGAUUAAAUGUCUAAUAACUCGGCAGCAAGCACUAAAUUCUGCUGUCUGUUCAAGAUGUGUAAAGUAUGCCAUUUAUCUUUAGCUGACUGUAAAAUGUGAGUUUGUAUCACAUGGGACUAUGUAGAUACACACACAAAUAUAUAUAUAUAUAUAAUUAGUUUGAAGUUCUUUUUGUUUUGUCUUAGGAGAAGCACCAUAUGAUGGUCAAGGUUUGUCGCAUAAUAUUCUGAUCUGCGUUAAUUAUGAAAAUAAUAUACAGUGUGUGACUUACUUAUUGCUGAUAAACUUUUCUAAGCAUGAAUGAAAGAGGUUUGGCUUGUUGAAAUGAAAUCUAAGAACUAAUGCUGUUAAUAAGUGGAAUGAGAGUUGAAGUCCCAGCUGUUAAUAAUGAUCUGGAAUCAAUAAGCGUACACUUGCUCCAUUUUUCAACAUAUCUCAAAAGUUAAUUGAUGCAGUUAUACAAAACUUUAUACACAAAUGUGUUGUUUAAAAUGGAAUACAUAAAAAUUAUAAGUAUCAGUGUUCCUUUGAUAGUAGAGAAUCAAAACUAAGUGAUUAUUAUUAAUUGAAAAUUUAAUGACGGUAAAAUAACUUAGCAAUGCAUCACUACGUAGAAUAUUUCAAUACUUUUUCAUAUUUCUUUGCGUAAAUCUGUAAUAAACGUAUUAUGAAAUUUCAUUAGUUUUUCUUUUAUAAAUUAUGUUGAUUAACCAGCUUUAUUAAAGGUAGUAAAUCCAAAUGAGUAAAGAAAAAACUAUUAAAUGAGAAUUCGGUGUGCUAAAUUGUCAUAUUAUCUGGUCAAAAGCCAGAUCCUCCUGAUGUGAUUAGGUUUGAUAUGAAACUAAUACAACAGUGGCAUCAUGGUAUGAAUAGUAGCAUAACACAACCAACUAUUUUAUCUGACAUUAAAAUGCAACCCUAAAAAAAAGGUACUGUUUAAAAUUUAAUACAUUUUCUCUUCUGAUCUCCAUUAAGCAGAAAUAAAUAGUUUUCAAGCAAAACUAAUGAAAGAUGGUGGGAUGCGUUUGAAAUUGAGUUAAGAACUCUGAAUGUUACAUUAAAAGCUCAAGGGUUCUAUACAAGAACAUUGAAACCAAUAGCUAAUUUCUUUCUGUAAAUUUAAGAUUGCUGUUUUAUGGUAAUGCAAUGCAUCUUUAGUAAAUCAUUCUCGGGUAACCAUAUACAGUAAUUUUCUGCUUUUAUCCUUUGCUGUCCAAAAAUAUUGAAAUCAAUAGCUAUAUUUCCUUCCUUGAAUUUACGAUUGAUUUCAUAGUGCUGCAGUGUAUAUUUAACAAGUCCUUGUCUUGUAACUUUUGAAAGUACUUUUAUCUUCAUAUAACAGAAAAGUUACAGCCAAAUUUGUUAAUACUGUGUUUGCUUUUUUCCAUCUUUCGUUCAAGUCCAUUGUUAAAUCAUGACUUUCUCCCAAGAUGUAUUAACAUCAUUAGAAAUGUACGAAGACGAAAUGGUACAAAACUUGCUUUCAUGAUGUUUAAAUGCAAAUAAUCACUUUAUCUGAGCCGUAAUUAGUAGAAAUGUUUUUAACAAAUCAUUUUUGAUGCACUUGUCUUGUCAACCUCGUACUAAGCAUCGAAAUCAUUUUAAGUCAUUUUAUUUUUUUAUAACAAGAUUUUAUUUUAAUCACUUCAGAACAUCAUUUUUUUGACCAAAUCUGAUUAAUAUUUGCUGUAAGAAGUCUUGUUUAGACCACUGCCAGAUAUAGUUGUCUGGUUGUCAUUAAAUGUACAUACCAUAAAGAAUUUUAAUAACUGAAAAAUCUUGUAUGUUAUCCUAAUGGAAUGUUAACCGCAUUGCUUUGAAGUUUAUAUUCUGUUAUCCUCUAUGCUUCUAUUUUCAAAGAUUAAGGAUUUUUUUUUAAAUAUUACUUAUGAAUUGAAUUUUAUUCUCGUUAUUUUUUAUGAACCAACUAAGUCUAGUGAAUAUAUAUAUAUAUAUAUAUAUAUAUUUGGUUUAUAUAUUUGUUAAAUCUUAAAUAACUUAAGAUUUCUGUUGAUUUUGUAGUUUUUUUGGUAUAAGUUUGUAAUAACACUUGUCAACUAACUAUCCUAGCAUGCAUAAAAGUAACUAAAAUACAGUGAAUUGUUGUUUUGUGUUUCUUAAAUAACAGAUACUAAAGCUUGGGAUUACGAACACUCGUAUCUCAAACUUCAUAAUUCCUUUUAGUUCACAGACAUUUUUAUAAAAGAAUAAUUUCAAUGAAAUCUCAGUAAUAAACAGUUGUAUGAAAAUGUUAGUUCCCAUGAGGCAACAAAGCCAAUACCAGGAUUAACCAAGAGCAGUAGUUUUCAAUAAAAGCACUCAGAAUUGUAAGCAUAAGGUUACUAAAAACCUUGCAAGGUAAAAUGUCACCUUGAUUUCUUUUUAGUGAUUGUAGUAAAGAUGGCAUUCCAGUGAAAUUUUUACUAGGGAUGCAAGGGUAGUAAAAUAUGGUCAAAUACCGGGGUCGGGUUUCAACCGGGACCGAAUACUCCCCUUGCCCUCCCAAA